GGUCCGCGCGGUCCCCGCAGUACCGACCGCGCUGUCGGUUCGGACGGUGCGUGCGCGGCAGGAGGGCGCCGCCAGCUAGCGCAGCCCCCCGACCCGGGCUCGCGCCCACGGGACCGGGAGGAACUCUUUGGACGCCGCGCUCCGGUGCCGCCGGGUCCCCGACAUGAGGCGGCCCUGGGGACUCCGGUCCCUCGCUCUCCUCCUCCUGCUGGAGCUGCUGCCUCGGCCAGGCGAUGGCAACGAGGGCAGCGUCACUGGCAGCUGUUACUGCGGGACAACAAUUUCUUCCGGCUCCCCUCCAAAGCGUCAGUUACUGGCACAUCUCCGAAAGCACCUGAAAGUGUAUCAUCGCUGUAACUCCUACAUCCGGUUCCAGCUACCUGCCCGGAGUGUGUGUGGGGGCAGCAGAGACCAAUGGGUUCAAGAACUGAUGAACUGCUUUGAUCUCAGAGAAUGUGGACAUGUGGACGCUGGGAGCGCGGCCUCCCGGCAGCACUCACCUCCCCCCAGCAGCCAGGUUCCUGAGCCCACAGAAACGGCACCUUUAGACCUGGGCUCCCCUGCCCAGACGCACCUGCCACCUGCCGUGUGGUCCACCCAGGCACCCACACUUCCAGCAGGAGCGCCGUCCUUGGAUGAAAAGCUCGCCCACAUCAAUGAAACUGCUACACCCACUGUGGGCCACGGGCUUGGGGCUGGGCCUGAGGCUGGGGAGAAGCAGAAGCAGUUGGAAGACAAUGUGGGACCAACAUCUGGGACAUCAGCUACGGUCCCUGUGGUAUCCCUCCUGGCCAUCACCCUCGCUCUCACCGUUGUCCUCUUGUACAUCCUGUGCCAGAGGAGGAGGGAACAGUGCCGGCAGCAGUCUCCAGAUCUACAGCCCCAUUACACACCUGUGGCAUCAAACUCCAACGCUUGAGCUAAGAAUGGAAAUCUCCGAGGGCAGCCAUUGUGAUUUAUUCAGCCCCCUAUGCAUUGAAUUGAUACAUUAGAAUGAUCUCUGGUGCCUGGUGGGCACUCUAGCUGUUUUCUGGUUAAUGUGCAAGUAACCAAGCGCUGCCCUCUUGUGGACCCUUCCUAUUUUUUUCUACACGAUCCUGUAAAAUCCAUCUUCUAAUGUGAUCUCUUGGAUAAAGUCUUCAUGUAUGUUUUUAAUCACUAAAGAUUAUUUUUAUAAUUAUUGACUCUUCCUUCUGCAAACGUGGCCUUCAACCCCUUGCUCCCUUACCGCAGUUCUUGGCUUCAACCUCUCCGCUGAGGGUCUCCCCACUUGCCCCCCGUCUCUCUUCACACACCAGCUGUUCCUCCCUCCUGCUUCCUCUCCCACAGUGCGGGCCUGGGCUUUCCCACCCCCGCUCCCCGGCGAGGCGCCACGCAGUUUGGUUUCAUUUCCCCCAAUCCCUGUAUCACCCACGUAUGUUCCAGUGAGAGUCUGGGCUCCUUGCUUUUCUUGCUACUGUUUUUAUUAUUAAAACCCUUAGUUCUUGUUUUUGCUUCUUUCAA